GUAAUGACAGUAAAAAGAUCUGGCUUUUUCAUCAAGAUAUAAAGAAAAAACUGCCGAAACCGGUCGACAUCUUGAGAUGGUGUUCUCUCCAUGAGCUCGAUGUCAUCCCGGGUGGUGGGGUCUUGAUAUGAGUCCAUCGCGGGGGUGGAUUCUUGACUCAGCUACCCCGCAGACAACGACGACUUCAAUGCUCAAAAAGGGGCCUUUAAUUCUGAAAGAAAUCCCAUCUGAAAGGUAUUCCGAAAGAACCAAACUUCCAUUAGUCUUAAACACUAAUCUCACAAUGACCGAAAAGCAAUUCAACGUUGGCAUCGUUGGCUAUGGCCUCUCCGCCAAAGUCUUCCACAUCCCUUUCAUCCAACUCACCCCCUCCCUCAAGCUUCACUCUAUCGUCCAGCGCACUCCCAAGCCAGGCAACUCCGCCCCAGAAGACUACCCUGACCUCAAGCACUACACCGCUCCCGAGGAUCUCAUCGCCGACCCACACAUCGACGUGGUGGUCCUCUGCACCCCACCAAACACCCACUACCCCCUGACCCGCUCAGCACUGCUCAACAACAAGCAUGUCCUUGUCGAGAAGCCGUUUGUUCCCACCUCAAGCGAGGCGGAUGAGUUGACUGCUUUGGCGAGACAGCAAAAGCGGGUGCUUUGCGUCUAUCAGAACCGGCGAUGGGAUUCGGACUUCCUUACUGUUCAGAAUCUCCUCAAGGAGGACAAGCUGGGAAGAAUUGUCGAGUUCGAGACGCACUUUGACAGAUUGCGAUUGACGGCUCUGGCGAAGGGUUCGACGUGGAAGGCGGGACUCAAGAUGGACGAGGCGGGAGGGGUGUUGUAUGAUCUUGGCUCCCACUUGUUGGAUCAGGUGUUUGUGUUGUUUGGUAUGCCUGAUGGUGUGACAGGGAGAUUCGUCAACCAGAGAGAAGGGAGGCUUGUCACUGGGGAUGGGACCGAUGAGCAGGAGCCGGAUAGUGUGACUGCUAUCCUGAGCUAUAAGAACAAGGGGUUGUUGGUCUUUGUUCGUGCCGGCGUCGCCUGUGUCGAGACCAGACAGAUGCGGUUCUGGGUCCGGGGUACCAAAGGCAGUUAUCACAAGAGCGGGUUGGAUCCUCAGGAGGAUCAUCUCCGAGCCGGUGGCAAGGCGACUGACACCGACUUCGGCAAGGAAUCGGAGGACAGAUUCGGGAGGUUGUGUAUCGUCGGCGGUGACGGGAAGGUGGAAGACCAGGUUUGCCCUACUGUAGAGCCGGAGACAUAUGUCAGGUUCUAUCACCUGUUUGCGAAGGCUGUUGCAAGCGGAAAGGAGGAAGGUGUACCAGUGCCUGCGUCACAGGCGGCGCAGGUUCUGCGAAUAAUCGAGGCAGUACGAGAGAGUGCGAAGACUGGGAGCGAGGUCGCCCCGCAAGCCUAGUCCUUUGAUCAGUCGAAGACCAGAAAGGAGCAAAUGCCAGUUUGUCUCAACAGAAGCUCC